UCCACGCUCUGCUGCCACUGGAAACAAAAACCACACGCAUACAACGAAACGGCGAGCUCGUCGCGAAGGAAAAAAAAAACCACGAGUACGUGUUCGACCACUCCAUGCCCGCCUCUACACCACGGUCAAUGGCGAUCCCCGGAGAGCUCGACGGCGGCGGCGGCGCUGCUGCGCACGUCAUGUUCAUCCCAAGCGCCGGGAUGGCACACCUCGUCCCCUUCUUCCGCUUCAUCACGGCACUCUCGAGCCACGGCGUCCGCUGCUCCGUCAUGACCGUCCUCCCGACAGUCUCCGACGCCGAGGCCGACCACUUCGCGGCGCUGUUCGCGGCGCUCCCAAGCAUCCAGCGCGUCGACUUCAACCUCCUGCCGCUGGACGCCUCCGCCUUCCCGGGCACCGACCCGUUCCUGCUCCGGUGGGAGGCACUGCGCCGCUCGGCGCACCUCCUCGACCGGCUCAUCGCCGGCGCUUACCCGCGCGUCUCGGCCGUCGUCACCGACGUGACCCUCGCCUCCCACGUGAUCCCAGUCGCCAAGCAGCUGCAGCUGCCAUGCCACGUCCUGUACAUCUCGAGCGCCACCAUGCUCUCCCUCGUCGCCUACUUCCCCAUCCACCUCGACAAGAAGCAGGACGACGACGACGCAGGUGCCGGCGGCGGCGUCGGCGACGUUGACAUCCCCGGCGUGCGUCGUAUCCGGCAGUCCUCGCUCCCGCAGCCGCUGCACGAUCUGAACCACCUCUUCACGAGGCAGUUCAUCGACAACGGCCGUGCGCUGAGCCAAGCUGAUGGCAUUCUGGUGAACACGUUCGACGCACUGGAGCCCAUGGCGCUCGCCGCCCUGAGAGAUGGCAAGGUGGUCCCUGGUUUCCCGCCGGUGUACGCCAUCGGCCUGCUCAAGUCGUCAUCGUCACCCAGCAGCAGCAGCAGCUCCAUCUUCACCGAGGCCGGUGAGAAGCAGGCGGCUGCGGCGGCCUCCCCUGUCAUUGCUUGGCUGGGGGAGCAGCCGGCGAGGUCAGUUGUGUACAUCGCGUUCGGGAGCCGGAUCGCCGUGAGCCACGAGCAGAUCCGGGAGAUGGGCGCAGGGCUGGAGGCGAGCGGGUGCCGGUUCCUGUGGGUGCUCAAGACGACGGUGGUCGACCGCGAGGACACGGCGGAGCCGCGCGACGUCCUCGGCGACGAGUUCCUGGAGCGGGUGAAGGGCCGGGGCAUGGUGACGAAAGGGUGGGUGGAGCAGGAGGCCGUGCUUCGCCACGCCGCCGUGGGGCUGUUCCUGAGCCACAGCGGGUGGAACUCGGUGACGGAGGCGGCGGCGUGCGGGGUGCCGCUGCUGGCGUGGCCGCGGGGCGGCGACCAGCGCGUGAACGCCAUGGCGCUGGAGAGCGGCGGCGUCGGGGUGUGGAUGGAGCGCUGGAGCUGGGACGGGGAGGACGGGAUUGUGAGCGGCAGGGAGAUCGGGGAGAAGGUGAAGGCGGCGAUGGCUGACGCCGCGGUCAGGGCAAGGGCGGCUAGGGCUAGCCAGGAGGCCGCCAUGGCCGUCGCCGAGGGAGGCACCAGCCACCGGAGCAUGCAGGAGUUCAUCGGCAAGCUCAAGGCUACUACCUAAGCAGCUACCUCAUCUCGAUCGGUACAUGCAUGAUCGUCGUGCAAUAUAAUGGAGUAAUGCUCUGCAGUAUACAGCCGGAGCGUAUAGUCGUGAUUAUGUGUGCUUAUUUAGCUCAUAUUUCAUUGUUCCACUACCUCUCGUAAGUGUCGCUAUAACAAUAUCUGUAUCUCCAAAAUAAGUUUACUAAUUAUAUUAUAUAAAUAUUAAUAUUCUCUUGUAGA